UUGCCAUUUCUUAUUUUAUUUUAUUUUUCUCUUUCUCUCUCUAAAAAAAGGAAAAGAAAAUAAAGCUCUAUUCUUUCUUCCCUCCCUGUGAGUCUGCGAGAGAGAAAGAGGAACAAGAGUGGCCCAGCAGAUCGAAAUCGAUGAUCUAAGCUUCUUCAAUGUUGUUGCAGCAACACCCACUUCGCUCUUUCUCCUACAAUUGUUGGUUUUCCCUACCCUUUUUCUUUUGCUUUCUAUUUUAGUUCCGAGUCAAACACUUCAUUUUUGUAGCGGAUUCUUCAGAGCAGAUGAUAAGAGGAUGUGGGUCUAAGGGAUGGGAACCAAAGUUCAGAGUCUGCCAGGAUAUUACUCAAUGAGAGAUCUUAAUGAGGAAUCCAGCAGUUGUGGCUGGCCCCUAUUUUAUGGAGAUAAAACACUGGUAAAUGGACAAUAUUAUCAUAAUUAUCUGUCAGGUGCUGCUGCAGAUGUGUGUUCAGCAUAUGAUAAGGAUGUUGUAAAGCAGAUGAUGCUAGAGCAUGAGGCCAUAUUUAAGAAUCAGGUCUUUGAACUCCACCGCUUAUACAGAAUACAAAGGGAUUUGAUGGAUGAGGUUAAAAUGAAAGAUUUACAACGAAACCAGAUAUCUGUUGAGAGAUCAUUUUCCACAGGACCCACAGCAUCUCAGAUAACAUCUGAAGAUGGUAAAAAAUGGCACAUUCCUGGCUUUCCACUAAUAGGAAGUUCUAAUUGUGCUAGACCAUCUAUUUCAGGCAUUGAGGGCAUUCAUUCACCUUUGGGUUCUAAUAAAGGAAUCAGUAAGCAAGGUGAUCUCUUCCCUUCCCCUAAUGGGAGUAGUUCAAAAGAUGUUGAGAUACUUGAGUCUAGACCCUCAAAGGUGAGACGAAAAAUGUUUGACCUUCACCUCCCUGCUGAUGAGUAUGUUGAUACUGAGGAAAAUGAAAAGCGUAGUGAUGAAAAGAUAAAUGGCACAACAAAAUUUCUUCCUGAUAGAAUUUGUAAACAUGAAAAGGGAGGUGAUGUGAAGCUUUUCUGUGGCAAUGGUGGGAAGACUGACAGCCAGGAAAAUAUUUCACGAUCUGAGCAGCCUUUGAAGAGCAGAAAUGGUUUGGCUGACUUAAAUGAACCUGUUCAUGGGGGUGACACAAAUGAUGUUGCACUUGUUUCUCCUCUGGACCAUAAUCCCUGUCAACGAGCAACUGAAUGGUCUGAUCUAUCUGGCAAACAGAAGUCAAAGUUCUUUGGUUUGACCAAGGAAGAUUUACUGAACUCACAUCGUGGAACUGACAGUUGGGCUCAACAUAAUGGAUAUUUGGAUAAUGACAGGGGUGGGAAAAUGUGGAUUUCAUCAAUAGAGUCAGGGCAAGCUAAAAGCAAUCUGAAACCCAUUCCUCAAGUCCUCAAACAAGAGCAAUCACUUCUGUCUUCCCACACAAUGCAAGAUGCACUCAGAAAAGCUCAUGAACCGUCAUCUGAUUAUCUAAAUAAUCAAAGCAAGGCUGAUUUGUGGAGGGAAAUGACACCUAGUCGAAUAGAUAUCAAUGAGAGAAAUCGUGAAUUCUCUGAUAAUAAACGUCCAGAGUGUGUUGUAUCAUCACAUAGGCCACUUUUUGCAAUUGCUUCUUCCUCAGAUUUAGGUAAAUCUUGGUCUCACUCACCUUGGGAAAUGACAAUUAGCAGCCCAAACCAGAAGUUGAUAUCUGUACAGACACCUCCAUCUCCAUGUCUAAAUGCAUCUGGUGCCUUGAGUAGGAGUUCCCAGUCACAUCAAAGCACUGGUAUUUUUGGAGAUGGUUGGCCUCUAAAUAUCAAUUCAAAGCUUAAUCAAGGUUUUCAAUGUGAAGCAUCUGGGCAGAAUGGAUUUUACUCCAGGACUUUAUCUGGGUCCAAGGAACAAUCAGUGAACAAUUCUUCAAUUAGCUAUCUUAACAAUAAUGAUUGCAAGAAAUUUCCUGAACACUACAAUGGUUUAGCAAACUACAAGAAUUCAAAUUUUAAUUCACAUUCCAAAGACAUGAAGUCUGGAAAAGAUAUUAACUUGAAUGAGUUACUUUCAAAUGGUUCAUCCAACAACAUAGUUUCUCAGUCAAGGCUUGGAAUCAUGGAUGGAGAACAGAAACGUGAGGAGCAGCUUGCAGUGUUGCCUUGGCUUAAAGCCAAGACAAAAUGCAAGAACGAGGCACAAAAUACUGGUAGAAGCUUAAUUACCACAGAUUUAAAUUUCUUCCAAGGUAAUUCUUUAUCUAACAAAGAUGAAACUGGAAAGGUGUGUAAUGAAAACUUUAUGCCCAAGGUAACUUCAGGUUUGUGUUCUAAUGAUGUUGAGCCAAGGAGGAAAGAAGUUAGUGAGAGCUCUAGUAAAAGGAAAAUUCUUGGUGUUCCCAUAUUUGAUAUGCCUCAUAUUUUUGCUAAGGAAUCAUCUUCACUCACAUCUCCCUCCGUGUCAGUUCCAAUACCAUCUGAUGUAGAAUUAGUGGAAAAUAAUCGGAAAAACCCAAUACUUGAUAUUAACAUGCCUUGUGAUGCUGGUCCUGAGCUGGAUGAACUAGCUAUCACUGAAAUCAUUGUUUGUAAGAAAGGAUUGUCUACAACAGAAGCCAACUCUAGAAACCAGAUUGAUCUGAACUUGAGCAUGAGUGAGGAUGAAGCAUUUCUGACAACUAUUCCAGCUACCAACCUAAAAAGGAAGGCAGAAAUAGAUCUUGAAGCCCCUGCUCUUCCUGAGACAGAGGAGGAUGUUGUUGCUGAUGAAAAGCAGCUUGAAACUCCUUUAGCAUCACCACUAGUCCCACAAGACACAGUUGAAAUGCCACAGGAUGAACUUAUGAGGUAUGCGGCAGAGGCAAUUGUUGUCUUGUCAUCUUGCUGUGAUCAAGUGGAUGAUGUGGUCAGCUGUCCAUCAGAAAGCCCUGCUGUUGACCCAUUAAGUUGGUUUGCUGAUAUUGUUUUCUCAUGUGUGGAUGUUCAGCAGAGAAAGGCUGAUAAUUCAAGGGAAAAAGCUGAUGAGGAUAAUGAGGAAUCUUCCUUAGAAGGAAUGGAUUACUUUGAGUCGAUGACAUUGAAGCUGAUAGAGACCACGGAAGAAGACUACAUGCCCAAGCCGCUUGUUCCAGAAAACUUCAAAGUUGAAGAAACUGGAACAACUACUUUACCUACUCGUACGCGAAGGGGUCCAGCAAGGAGAGGGAGGCAACGGAGGGACUUCCAAAGGGACAUCCUUCCUGGCCUUACAUCUUUAUCCAGGCACGAAGUAACAGAAGAUCUUCAGACAUUUGGAGGGCUCAUGAGAGCAACAGGUCAUGCAUGGUAUACAGGAUUAAACAGGAGAAACUCUUCUAGGAAUGGGUGUGGCAGGGGUAGGCGGCGAUCACAGCCACAAGUUGCCCCUUCUCCACCACCACCUCCUCUGUUGGCAACCAUUGAAACAUGUACUCCACUCAUUCAGCAGCUUAAUAACAUUGAAGUGGGAUUGGAAGAUAGAAGCCUAACGGGUUGGGGCAAGACAACCAGAAGGCCCCGUAGACAGAGGUGCCCCGCAGGUAAUCCUCCAUCAAUCCGGUUAAUCUGAUCACUGUAAGAGGCUUAAAUUUAUAGUUGAGAAUUUAUAGAGGGUAAGAACUAAGCAGGUCCAUUUCCUUAUUGAUGGAACACAUGAUUUUCUAUCUCAAGCACAGGAAUUUCUCUUGUACAUUUCUUCAAACCCGUAUUUGGGUAUAUGCUUGAUUUUCAGUCAGUCUUCUUGUGAUAGCAACUUGUAUUAUUCUUAAAUAAUGUGGCAUGAUUUCUUCUUGGUCUCUAAGAACUGUUGAGGGUAGAUAUAUAUCAGUUUGUGCACUCUCAUAGGACCAUUUUUCUUAAAUAAUGUGGCAUGAUUUUUUCAUUGCACUACGUAUUAGGCUGCAUGCUUGAAUGAAAUGGACCUUCAUUUAAUAGGACUUUAGCUUUCGAUAUGGUGGUAGAUCUGUUUCUUUGAUAUGGAUAUGUAUGAGGUUUUCCCCUUAAUCAAAGUUCUUCAGCGGCGAAUCCAAAGAUUUUCCAUGUCUGCUUUGCAAUCAUCCUACUAGUAUUCUUUUCAUGUAAAAGAAGAAAAUUCAACAGAUGUAAUUUUUACGUAGAUACCCCUUGUAAUAUGUAUUCUCAUCAAUAGCUAAUGUGUACAAAAACGUGUUUUUUCACCGAGUGCAUUUCUAACAUAGCUUACACAAUCUUUGAUGUUAACUAUUAAUUUGAGUAUUUAUCAUGCACCAU